AUGCUUGAUAAUCGAAUUCGCAAUCAUAAAAAAAAGGUUUUACAUUCUAAGCAUUAUAGUCUCAUACUCGUAUCAUCAAUAAUUUUAGCAGCAACAAUAUAUUAUCUUGAUGGAGGUCCAUUAAAUCCGCCAUUUCCGAAAGAUUUUCAAUCAAUUGAUUGCAAAAGUGUUAAGUUCAGAUCAUUAAUCGAUAGAGAAGGCUAUCUAGAUUUCAUUUUCAAAUCAGAUGAUACAAUUGAAUAUCCAGCAGAAUAUCUUCCAUAUUUUGUCAACGCUAAUAUCAGAACAAAGAUAUCCAAAAUUGAUUACGAGCCGAAAUAUGUUGAGAAUAUCUCUCGUUCAUCUGAUACAUUCCAAUUCUCCAUCGAUCAUACACAAAAUGGGCCAUCAACAGUUCAAAUUCGAUGCCUCAAUACGCCAUUAAUUGAUGUGAAACGCGACUUCAAAUUCAUUCGUAAUCAUAGUACUAAGUAUAGCUAUGCAAAUUUCUUUGGAAAAUCAGGGAUUGAACUCAACCACGUUUGUUUAGAAUACCAAAAAUUCCUUUACUUUACCAAAGUUAUGUCUCCAAUCAUUUGGAUCCCAUUUGAUCAGACUUCCUUCAAAUUUGAAUAUUUAAAUUGGCCAUUACAGCCUUAUCUCGAUCACAAGAACGUUACCGAGGAUCAGGGUGUUAGUUACAUGGUUUCUCCAUUAAGUGGUGAACCAUGGAAGCAAUUAUUGUUCUACAUUCUCCCAAUUUCACGAGAUUUCAAAGCAAGAGUCGAUUAUUCAACGAAUCCGCAAUUUAUUUUCAAGGAUGAAGUUGAUGAACGUGCGGCACCACUCCUCAAGUACUUUUCUACUAAGCCUCCAAUGAAGUUAGUUGAUAUACAAUGUUUCGACCAAUUAAUUAUGACAGAAACGUUCUCUAGCAUGAGUGUUCAUAAUCAGAGUAUGAUGGACUACAUAAAUACGUUGGAUAUAAACUAUGUGACGAAAAGAAUUGGCUCGAAACCGAUGGAUAAAGGAAAAUUUUUGAUUCAAUCAAAUUUGCUUCCAAAAGUGAAGGAUUCCAAAUCGAAUCUUAAGCCAAUAUAUUCCAAUGAGCAAAUAAAUAAGUUGAUUGAUGAAAUUAGCUCUGCAAAUGUUUUAAUUGCGGAUCAUAUUUCAAUUUUGGUGUUUUCCGUGUUUAUGGGUCCGCAAUCAGUUGUUAUAGAUUUGACAGACUUGAACCAUGCAUGUAAUAAGUGGUUUGAUACUUAUUAUUCGCAUUCAAGAGCAAAAAUUAUCAAAGUUUACAAUAGUACUGAGUGUUUAAGUCCAAACUUCUCUGAUUAUCCUGAAACAUCUGAAUCAGAUCAGGAUAUUGACGGAAAAUUACUUGAUAGCAUAAUCAAAGAUUAUAUUUAA